CCACUCCAUCAUAAAUUGGAGUCUCCAAAAGAUAAAAGCUUUGUGUGGAGAAUUAUAUAACACACACAUCAUAUUCCCCCACCUUCACUUCAAUAGCAAAAUUUUAAGGUAAAUUUGAGCAAGAAGACCGGGCCAAUGAUCGGAAAACUUUCCGAAUUGCUGGUUUCCGGCCACCGCGGAGGGUUUCUCGACGUCGGCACGAGCCCGAGAAGCCCAUUAGACCUCAAGAUGCAAUCCCCUAGAGGUCUAAAGAACUAUGAUCUUGGUGGGGUUGGAUUGGGAAUAGUUGCGGCCUUGGACAAGUCCGGGGACUACAAUAAUAAAAUUGGAGGAGAUGUUCUAGCAAAGUAUGCAAUUUGCAGCUCUAAUCGCAACCGGUCGAAUCCGAUCCCGGUGAAUCCCGGUGGCGACAGAUUUAGUGUUGCUGCCUCGAGGGGUUGUGAUCAAGAGUUUGAGGAAGAAAGUUCCGAGAAUUAUACUUACGUGACAUGUCGUGGACCAAACAAUAAGUCCUUCACCAAGGUGUACUAUGAUGGAGGUGAUUAUAAUGGAAAAUCUAGAAAAAAUAACCAAAGUAAUAAUUUUGGUAUUUUUAAUCUCCCAACAACAAGAAGGUCCCCAGAAGAAUUUUCCGCUUUUCCCACCUCGGAUUUUCUCAGUUCUUGCCAUUUGUGCAGGAAAAAACUCCACGGCAAAGACAUAUACAUGUACAGAGGAGAAAAGGGAUUUUGUAGCGCGGAAUGUCGAUCGAGCCAAAUCAUGAUGGAUGAACGUAAAGAACAACAGUGCAGAUCAGAGGCAUCAAGAUCUGUGGAUCAUGUUGUUUCAAGCUCAUCUUAUUCGAGAGGCCAAAUUUUCUCAAGUGGUAUUGUUGCCAUCUAGCAGUAGGAGAUCAACAAAGGAAAUUAAUGACUACUAUAUAGUUCUUUUUAUACGCGGAUAUACUUUUCUUAUACGUUAAUAUGAGAGCGGAUCAGCUUUAAGCUGCUAACCAACCCCCCCUCCCCCAAAAAAAAAAAAAGAGAAAUUUUGCUGGAGUACAAAGAUUGAUCAAACUUAUAUGUUGUAAUAUGAGAAUCAAUAAACUUUUUUUUUUCUGUGAU